AGAAUAUCCACCUUCUCCAUUUUAAUUUAAAUCUAGUUAUUUUCAGAUGCAAAAGAAUAUGCUUUGCUUUUCUUCUUAUGGGCAUCUUUUACCUGUGUAUCAUAUCUUAUUUACAGUGAAGAUGGAAUUAAAGCACUGUAAAUUAUUAACAAAGGGGAUGGCAAAAGUGAAAGUCAGUAGCCCAUCACUACUAUCUAUGUCUCCAUUCUGCAGAAAUUAUUUGAAGAAAAUAUUCCUGUUUUACUUUAUCAGGGUACAGCUAAGACAGUACAUCAAAGAUGAGAGGUACCUGGAUACCUGCAUGAUGGUGAGGCAUUCCCCCCACAUGCUUUUUAAAAACAAAAGGAGGAAAAAAACAGGAAAAAAAAGGAGGGAGGCAAAAAAACCACAAAGGGAUGAAUGGGGAAGAGAAUCCUUUGAAGAACUGGAAGUGAUGAUUGAAAUAGCCGCAAAAGGAUAAGAGAUGCAGAGGUCGUGCUGUGCUGCUGGCCGAUGCUCUAGCACUUAGACUGUGGUCUUUUCUCACUGCUGCUGCCGCAACAGCUAGCCUGUGAACAGAAAACCAGGUUACUGAGGAAUACAGAGCACCAAAAGUAGACGGAUUGUCGGGGUAGUAGCUCAUGUGCAGAGAAGGAACCCAACUAAAAAAGAACGUGCAAUUUGUUUAAAGAGGGACGUAGGCUGAUAAAACUAUUCCAUUUUAGGUUCUGCUCUCUGGUAAAGUAGUAUAAGUCUUGUAGAGCUAUUCUAGAUACAUGUGGUGUAAAUUAAUAAUGUAAAUUGUAUAAUAGUAUACCAGGGGAAUUUUUUGUAUGUGUGUGUGGGGGGAAAAUUUUUUAAUUUCUUUUAACACAAUGAAAAUGAGUGCUGUGAAACAGCUUAGGCAUUUUUCGGAGUAUUAUACUCUCUACAAUGUAAGUAUAUUAAAAAGACUUUGUCUUUGUUUGUGCUAUUGCAUUCUUUUAGGUAAAGUCUCAGUCACUUAAAAACCAAAAGACGGAUUUACAUUUAUCCAUACCACUUUUAUCUGUUUAUAUAAACAGUCUGGUGCAGUGUUCUGUGCUGAGCCAUUGUAAUCAAUGCAAAAUUAAUAUGGACUAUUUGGUGUUUAAUGUCGAUAAUAUCCUAGGUAGCUGUGUUUGUUUUGAGAUCCUGCUAUAGCUCCUGUGGAAACAGUAGAAGUGAAGGCUUGAAAAGCAUAAUGUUAUUUAAAAUAUCACCAUGUUUUAAUCUUUGAAUGAGUCCUACCUGCACCUUGUUUUCUAGCUGGGCUCGCACAUAGUGGAAAGUCAAUAAUUACUCUCUUUAAUGUUUUCCAGGUUGUUCACAAUUAAUUCUCAUGUCAACAGAAAGCUCAACCAUCACAGUUCGUCUUGUUCGUUCUUUUGAGCACCGGAAUUUCAGACCUGUGGUAUAUCAUGGAGUUAACUUGGAUCAGACAGUGAAGCAGUUCAUUACUUUUGUACAGAAGGAUGUGCCUUCAAGAACAGGACUUCCUCCUCCUUUUAAAAAUUACAAGUAUGAUACGAUGAAGAUUAUUCACCAAGCUCACAAGUCUAAGACCAAUGAACUUGUAGUGGGUCUGGAAGAUGAUGACAAACUCAUUUUGAAAGAAGAAAGCACACUGAAAGCAGCUGGAGUAGCAGCUUGCAGAUGCCAGAAAGACUGUGGAGGAGAUUAAAGUAAGUGAGGGGUAGAGUGUGGGUGACCUACAUUCUUACUUCCUCCUGUUUUGGGUUUCUUCUUCUAUUGUUUUUUUCUGGCCUCAUAGUGCUGCUGUAAUCCUCAGGGGUUGCCACAGCUUGCUGCUCCUGAGAACAGCUCAUUGCUUCCAAAUUAUCAGUGUAACCUUCAGCAACCACACACGUUCUGGAGCUGAUGCAUAGGAGAUUGCAGUUGUGCUGUCCUUGUUAGCAGAAGAGGACUGUGUGCAGGGUUGCAGUCAGCACUGUGGUGCAGGUUGUUUGGGAGGUGUUCUCACUCCUCUUCCCUCUGCACAUCACCCAACUUGGCUUCACUGGAAACCAGGACCUCCUGCUUCUUGAAGUAUGGCAUGCUUGGCAGGUAGCUGAGAUGGGUUUUUGGGCUGAUGAUGCAGUGGGAGAGCAGAGGGGUGCAGAGGUUUUAUCUUCAUGCACAUAUGAUAUGUUUGGUCAUACAGGGAGUGUACCUUUUGUUUGCUAAUAUUCCCUCUCUUUGAAUAGCAGUAGAUUCUUCCCUUUGUAGUGGGCCAAAAGCAGGUAGCCAGAAGAGUGCAAGUUUCAGUCGGUAGUGAAUAUAUUUAAGUGCUCAGUAUGACAGUCUAGAUUAAUACAAGAAUUUACCUUUGUAUGUCCAAUUCUGCCCUCAGGCAGGUGACUUGGUGCUGUGUACCUAGAAUUUCAGCAAGUUUGUAAGAACUGCUUCUAUCUGCUCUCAUUUCAUACCCCAGCAAGGUUUAAUUCUGCUUUCAAACACGAAGCCCAGGGAGUCUGUAGGGCCAUGGGCCCAGCACAGAAAAACAUGUUCUAGGUGUGUUACCCUUCUGUUCUAAACUCAAGACAUAUUCUUAAAAGGCCAGUUUGGGAAGCCCCUUUUCUUCAGUGGACUGAGAUUUUUAAUAUGGAAGGUAUCGGUCUGUUUUCCAUACUACUUUGAGGUCACAACUUUGGCUCUCCGUAUGUAUUGGUCUCCAUCCAACUGGAGCACAUUAGUUGGUUUAGAGUCAAAGAAGCAAUCUAGAAGUGAAAGCCUCAUAUCUUAACAAUUAGUAUUACUGUACUUUCUCACCACUUUUUUUUUUCUCCUAAAUAAAAGGAACCUGGUCUUGCAGAAAGCAGACUUGUCUCUUGUAUUUAUUUUCUAGAGUGCUGAAUGAGACAGCUACUUAAAAGCAGUCACCUAAUUGUAGAUGACUCUUUAAGCCAGUAGACAGGCAAAUAGCAGCAGCAGCUCAAAGCUGAAGCUAGCUAAACACAGAUCACAUACGAGAAGCAGAUAAGACUAACCAGCCAAACAGCAGCUAUAGUGGAUCCUCCACUGCUGAGGUUUCUAAUUUAAAGCAGAUUAUAGCUCUGGGAGAGCUGCUGUAGUGCCCCUUUAAGUCUCUGAAGGAUUCCUCUAAUCCUAUGGCUUAUUUUGUGUGUGGGGCCAGUCAGGAGGAUCACAAGCGUUUUUAGUUUUUUGAAUGUGAAAGUGCUACGCAGUUCCUGUUGAGGAAUUGUCUCUGAUCUUAGAUGAUAUCGUCCUGCAGUAUGUUGCAUGCUUAACGUUCAAAUAGGUGUGGUUUUGACUUGCACUUAAAAAACCUCAUGCAAAAAUUCUGCAAAAAUGUUGCUGCUUAUUAAGGCAAAAUAAAUAUAUUAAAGAAAACUGUCCUCGUGUAACAAACCUAGUUUUUCAAAGCUGAGGCACAAUCUGCAGGUCCCACUAACACAACGUGUGAAAUUUUGAGCUCGAGGAUAUAUCAGACUUUUGUUGCUGCUUCUAGUAUCCCAGGCUGCUGCGUCUGCCAUCUUGGGGAGACUGGAGGAAAUAUAUUGUAUAGAGGUGCUGCAGCAACUACAUUUCCCUAAACAUUUAACUGUAGUUUGAUAUAUCACUUUGCAAGUAGAUCCUUGGAGAGCAAAAAACCAAUUGCACUGCUAAAAGCCUUGUAUUAUAAAACAGAAGGAGUGAAAGAACUGUACCUGCAGAGGUUAAGCUUCAGCACAGGAAUUUAAAUGAACUCAUUAAAAUCAACAUACAAAUUAGCUCAUUAAAAUGCAACGCUGCUGAUCUAGAAGUUGGUUGAUCUGGCAUGCCUCGUUUAUGAAGAAGCGAUUUAAGAAUUGGAGAACAAAAUGAUAGUAUUGAAACUCCUUUCUUUCUGUUCCCAUAAGCCUCAUCCGUAACUCCCUCGUCCUAGAACUGUGCAUCAACUGCACUUUUUGCUUACUGAGUUAAGCUUGUCCAUUCCUGUGCUGCAGCUGCUUGUGUAAUAUCACUAGCCUCCUGUAAUUAAAUGUAUGUCUGCACGCACACAUGAGUAGGCUGUGCCCUCCCACGUGCAGAGGAACUCUGUAAUGUAGGCUCUGGCAGCCUGGGUCAAGCAAUGAUCGUUUUUGCUUAUUAUCUUGAUAACGAGACUCUCUACAGACGCUGUCUGUAGCGAGUCUUGUUUCUUUGUGUUUAAGUUCUGGGUAAUCACACUAUCCUCCACUACUGCCAUUGCCUCCUAAAAAGAUGCCUAAAAGUAAUGCUAUUGUCUAGGCGGAGGGAAGAAAAAAAAAACCAGACCCAAAUGAGUACUGAUGUAACUUUAUAGACCUGUUCAGGAUAACUUUUAUAUAGCUACAGAGGCCAAUGAUGAGAACUGAUUAAAACUGGCCUUGUUCUUACAGCUUUUCAGUUGGUUCACACCUAUCCCAGAGGCACAUAGUAGGCAACACAGAAAAUAAAAAUAUAAAGAAUUUACAUUCCAGCUAUGUAUUCUGCAAUAAAAUAUAUAAAUGUGUGUGUAUACAUAUAUGUGUGUGUGUAUAUAUAUAUAUAUAUAUUUGGUAACUCCAAAUACAAAACAAGUUGAUGAGGAAAUUUUAAGCUAACCUCACUAAACUCUUAUCAAUAUCAAAUAAUGCAGUAGGGAAAAAAAAUUAAAAAGGCGAAGAUCAUUUAAAAAUUCCUCAAACCAGUUUUCAGUAUUCCAGAAUCAGAACAGAUCAUUUGAACCAUUGCCCAAGGUUUUAAAGAACAGACACCUACAGAGGGCACCAUUUGAAAUGCUGCUCUAGUUCUGCAUUUAUAGGAGUUGGUUUCAGUCUUUAAAGAGAUGUCGACUAGUUAGACCGUAUGAUGGCAAAGACCGGGAGGCCCCUAAUCAGCCGUUGUUAGAUGCUGCAGAGCUGUGUUAGCUAUAUGACUUCUGAACCAGCUUGUCCACUCGCAGGGCUUGGCGUCUGUCUGAAAAACACCUUGCUGACUCACCAACAGAGCCCUCUCCACGGGUAGGUCUGGGUGCCUGACUCUGUUUCUUCUCCUGUACCUGGCCCCUUUGGCCAUCAAUGGGAAAGGGUACGUGGGCAUGAAGGUUACACAAAUCAAAGCUGCAGACUUUAGUUCUGCAAUGCAAAAAGGUGAGUCUGACCUUGCAGUACCUCACAGUAAAACCAUACCUUUCCCUCUUGAAGGCAAAGCCUUCAAGACUGCGUAAUAUUCUUUCCUGCCUCCUACACCCCCUUUUUUUUUUUUUCCUGGCAGCAGGCAGUAGUCUUGCCUGACCUAAAGAAGUGAAAAGAAGCUUAGCUGUGGAAAAAAAGGCAUUUGAAUACUUUAUCGUAGCCAGAAAACGUGCAAACUGCUGCUUUUAUGUUGGCUUUGGCUGAUGAUGAAAUGGAACAGAGACUGGAAAGAACAAGCUUGCUGAAUCCAAUUUUACCUCCAGGGUGAGUUACAUGGGAGUGGGUGGAAUGAUACCAGGUGAAACUGUCUCACAUCCAUGCGGAAAAUUAACCUGUCAUUCAACUGCAAAUAUUACUGGUUAACAUAUCUGCGUGGUGAGCGUUUUUAUGAGUUGCUGAUCUGGGCUUGGUUGUGGUGGCGGUGGGGCUUGAAUAACCAACUUUCUGAACGGGACAACAGGAAAGAAUGGUAACUUCCCCUCUUUGCAACAAAAUCAUCAGCUGAUUUUGAAAUCCUAGCAUUUCCCUCAUGCUGAUUUCCUUUUGUUCAGUGAAAAGAAACGGUGUUUGGAGACUUUAGUGUAAGCCUUAUGCAAGAACUGAAAUCCCUGAGUAUCAUCAUUGGCAGCUUGAGCAGUAGUUGGAGAAUAUUACUCUCUGCAGUCAUUUGAGGCCAAACAGGGAAUUCUUAAAAUCCUCUGUCCAUGCAGAAAUCAUCCAGGCUACAGAGGUGAUGCUGACUUGUAGAAGGGCUGAUGUGCCCCCAACUGAUCCAUUUUCCGCACUUAUAUUAGCUCGUCUAAUAACAAGCUAAUACCGUAUUUGAUACUGACAGCUGUCAUUUUUCAAAGCAAUGUUCAACACUAAGUAGUGUCUUUUACUUAACUGUGAGAAAACCGCGUCCUUACAUCUGACCUUCUGAGGCAGUUUUCUUGUGUCAUCUUGAUUGCCUGCAUUUUAAAUGAGCUUUUGGGAAGAAUGGCUGUCUAGUCCCCAUUCCAAUGAUUUGGAUCAUCCAAAAACUAAAGAACUACGCUGAUAAAGAACAAGAGCUUGAAGGGGUGGGAAGAGAAAGGAAGAAAAUGAAAUUAGGAUAGAAUUCUUCAUUGCCCUGUACCUCAUCCAAGGUGGGUGUAAAGCUGGAAAAGCAGCGUUGGAUACCUGCUGUGCAAUCUAGUAAGUGAUUUUAUAAGGCGCAAGGCAAUGAAGGACUAUGGCCAAAAUGUGUAUUUGCUGUAUUUUCUUUGUGGUCAAGACUCAUUAAUCCCUUUGCAAGACAGUUCACAAAUCUUAUCAGUGCUACUGAAACCAAGCGUUUCAGAGCUGCUGUUUUGUCUGCAUAAGUGGAAAUGCUCAGGUGACAAUGUUUUCAAAAAGUUUCGCCUUAUUAUUUGAUGUAAGGCCUGCCAGAAGGCCUUGGUUUUCUCCAUGCAGUUUCAUAAAGCCGCAAGUCAUUCCGAUAAUUAUCUUCACUCUAUUUCCAUCAAAUACUGCCUGAAUCUUUGGUUUAAUAAAACAGAGAACAUAUGGCAGCAGUAGGUGUCAUGCCAGUGACAGCAGUGCGGAGGAGAGGCAUGAAUGUUAGGGACAUCCCUCUUCAAACGCUGUUACACUGCUGGAAAAGGUGAUUUGUUUCCACAGCUUAUAAAUGUGCGCCAGGCAGCUUACAGGAACACAAGUGCCAUCUGUACUUGCAAAAACCGGGACUACUUGGACUUGCUGGAUACUUUUGCUAAAAUCAGCAGACGCUACGUAACAUGGAUAUUGUUCUGUUCUUACUUGGCUGUGGAGUUCAUUGAGGAGACCAAAACCAGAGACAAUUCAUGUUCCUAAGCCUCACUGCUUUGGUUGAGCCAGACACUCAAGAGGCCAGAUUUCUUGCCUGACAUAGGGGCCUGAAAAUCUGUGCUCUUUCAUAUUAGAAAAAAAAAAAAAAA